AUGGAUUGGCUCCUCUUCAGGAACAUUCACCUCUUGAUCAUUUUCCUGGUGGUGUUGGAAGUAAACAGUGAAUUUAUUGUUGAGGUGAAAGAACUGGACGUGGAAAAGGGCACGACCAAGUGGCAAACUGUCAGGAGACAGAAGCGCGAAUGGAUCAAGUUCGCGGCAGCAUGUCGAGAAGGAGAGGACAACUCCAAACGGAACCCCAUCGCCAGGAUCCGAUCAGACUGCGAAGUGAGCCAGAAGAUUACAUACCGCAUCUCUGGGGUAGGCAUUGAUCGGCCACCAUACGGAGUGUUCGCCAUUAAUCCUCAGACGGGGGAAAUUAACAUCACCUCCGUGGUGGACAGAGAGAUAACUCCACUUUUCCUGAUCUAUUGCCGGGCUCUGAAUGCACGGGGUGAAGACUUAGAAAGGCCUCUUGAGCUUAGAGUCAAAGUUAUGGACAUAAAUGACAACCCUCCAGUCUUCACACAAAAUGUGUACACAGGCAGCAUUGAAGAAAACAGCGAUGCGAACACACUGGUAGUGAAGUUAAGUGCCACUGAUGCAGAUGAAGACAAUCACCUGAACUCUAAAAUCGCCUACAAGAUCAUCUCUCAGGAGCCAGCAGGUGCACCAAUGUUCAUCCUGAACAGGUACACCGGCGAGGUCCGCACCAUGUCCAGCUUCCUCGACAGAGAGGAGCACAGCAUGUACAACCUCCUCGUGCGGGGCUCGGACCGAGACGGAGCUGCAGAUGGACUCUCCUCUGAGUGUGCCUGUAGGAUCCAGGUCUUAGAUGUCAACGAUAAUUUCCCCACCUUGGAGAGAACUUCCUACUCAGCAAGCAUUGAGGAGAACUGUUUGAAUUCGGAACUGAUGCGGUUAAAAGCCAUUGAUCUUGAUGAGGAAGGCACGGAUAAUUGGCUGGCAAAAUAUGUAAUUCUCUCCGGGAAUGAUGGGAAUUGGUUUGAGAUUCAAACAGACCCACGAACCAAUGAAGGCAUUUUGAGAGUCGUCAAGAUGCUGGAUUAUGAACAAAUGCCUAAUAUUCAUCUUAGCAUUGGAGUCAAAAACCAAGCUGAAUUUCACCACUCAGUUGCCUCUCGAUUCCGAAUGCAUUCAACCCCUGUGAGAAUUCAGGUCAUUAACGUGCGAGAAGGACCCACAUUUGAUCCAAACUCCAUGACUUUCAGUGUGCAAGAAGGAGUAAGAGGAGAUUCCUUACUGAAUUAUGUUCUUGGCACAUACACGGCUGUAGAUUUGGACACAGGGAAUCCUGCCACGAACGUCAGGUAUAUCAUAGGUCAUGAUGCUGGCAGCUGGUUAAAAGUUGACUCGAGGACUGGCGAGAUACAAUUUUCUAGGGAAUUUGAUAAGAAGUCAAAAUAUAUUACCAAUGGGAUAUACACAGCAGAGAUCCUGGCUAUAGAUGAUGGCUCUGGGAAAACGGCUACGGGAACCAUCUGCAUUGAAGUUCCUGAUGUCAGUGACUACUGUCCAGUCAUUGUUGCUGAAAGUAAUGCCAUCUGCACCGCCUCUCCAUCCAUCCUUAUAUCCGCAAGAGACAUUAACCAUCAUUCUUACGGGUAUCCCUUUACCUUCUGUGUUGUUGAUCAGCCACCAGGGACAGCUAACUUAUGGGAUAUCAAACCAGUAAAUGCUACCUCUGCCCUCCUGACGGCGGGGCAGUCGCUGUCAGCGGGAGCUUACCAAAUCCCAGUCCUGGUGAAGGACAGCUUCAACCGGGAGUGUGAACUGCCGCAGACGGUGAAGAUAGAGGCCUGCGACUGUGACAUCAGCCAAACGUGCUUGCACUCCAGCACUCCGGGCAUCUACACCGGGGAUGGCAGCUCAGUUACCAGCGACAUAUAUGGGCCUGUCCCUGGCGACCGCAUUGAGGGUUCAAAUGUUGGCCUGGGACCAGCAGGGAUUGGCAUGAUUGCUCUGGGCCUCCUACUACUGCUCUUGUCGCCGCUCUUGCUGCUCAUAUGCUGCUGCAAGCGAAGGCAGCCAGAGGGCCUGGGGACCAGGUUUGCCCCGGUGCCCGAGGGCGGAGAAGGAGUGAUCCAGUCCUGGAGAAUAGAAGGGGCCCAUCCUGAGGACAGGGAUGUGUCAAAUAUAUGUGUACCAAUAACCGCUUCUAACACGCAGGAUCGUAUGGAUUCCUCCGACAUCUACACGAACACGUACGCGGCCGGCGGGACGGUGGAAGGGGGCGUGUCGGGCAUGGAGCUGAACACCGGGCUGGGGACCACCGGCCUGGCCGCCGGGGCCGGGGGCACCCUGAGGAGGAGGGGCUCCAUGCUGGGCCCCCAGAGGGAGCAGGCAGACAUGGGCCUGAACCUGGCUUUCCUGGACAGCUACUUCUCCGAGAAAGCAUAUGUCUAUGCAGAUGAAGAUGAAGGUCGACCAGCAAACGACUGCUUGCUCAUUUAUGACCACGAGGGGGUCGGGUCGCCUGUGGGCUCGAUCGGCUGCUGCAGUUGGAUUGUGGAUGACCUGGAUGAAGACUACAUGGAAACUUUAGAUCCCAAGUUUAGAACUCUUGCUGAAAUCUGCUUAGACACGGAAAUUGAACCAUUUCCCUCACACCAAGCCUGUAUACCUAUCAGUACGGAUCUCCCUUUGCUCGGGCCUAAUUACUUUGUGAAUGAAUCUUCAGGAAUGACUCUCUCAGAGGCUGAAUUCCAAGCAGAAAUGGCAAUGCCUGAACCCAUGAUCCACGGGGAUAUUGUAGUGACUGAGACCUACACGACUACCGAUCAGUGUAUGCAGCCGACCACAAUCGUUUUCGAUCCCCAGCUUGCACCCAAUGUUGUAGUAACGGAAACGGUAAUGACACCUGUCUAUGAUGUUCAAGGGAAUCUUUGCGUACCAGCUGAGUUAGCCAACGCGCAAAAUGUCAUCUACACAGAGAGAGUAGUGUCUAGUCCUGGCGUGCCUGACAUGAGGAGUGGUAGCAUGACUGAUGGUUGCAUGGGACCUGUGAUGAGUGGCAGUAUUUUAGUAGGGCCAGAAAUUCAAGUGACACAAAUGGUGAGUCCUCCGGACAUUCACAUAAGCCGAACCAUUGGUUCCACAUCCCCAAUGACAUCUCGACAUAGAGUAACACGGUACAGUAACAUACAUUACUCCCAACAGUAAGCGCUUUAUGGUCAGUAUUCCUUGCCUCGUGGAAUCACCAACAUAUCCAUCAAGGAUGUAUAAUGUACUCUAUUUAACAUUUUACUAGUCAGCAAAUACUCAAAUUUUUAAAAUGUGAUGGCAUUCUUUGAUUACAUCUUUUUUGGGGAUAAAUAUGGCUGAGAACUUUAGAUGAGCCUUUUUAAAUUAUUUCUGACUUUCAAUAAGAUGCCAAAAACACUUGAAGAAAUGUGUUACGUCCUUUGAUACUGUCUAAUAAAGAGCACAUAACUCAUAGGCGAACCUUAGAGGUCUUCGGGCCUGUGCAUCUGGUCGUGUAAACCCAGAUGCCCUUGCCCUUGUAGGUGGCAAAGGAGUCCUGUCUGCAUUCACCAGACAUUUGUGUCUUUAGAGAAUUAUCUCUAUUAAAUAUUUUAAUUGAAAAAGUGAACAAAGUAUACAUUUCUGAAAGGAAACUGAAAAGGAAGAUGAGGCAUUUAGCAAUAGAAAAAUAAAAUCAUUUGUCUCUUCAAAUGGUUUCUCAAGAUAUGAAAUAUUUAGGGCAUGCUUAAUAUAAUACAGGGAAAGAGUUUUCCAGCUAAAUGCAUCACUGAAAGUGGACUAGCAAUAUAUAUGCACCUAUAUAUCUAUACAUAUAUACAUAAAUCAAUAUGGAUUAAUUUUUGUUGCACUUUAUUGAUUUGUAUCAUUAAUUGUAAAUAGCAAUUAGAAUAGCAAAACAAAAUACGAAAACACCACAGUAUAAAUAGUUCUUGGGGAAGCAGUAGAGUAGUAGAGUUUUUCCCCAUUACAGAGAAUUUUUUCCCUGCUCUCACUACUUAUGUCAGAAGAACAUACGGAUUAUGGUUUAAUAAGUAUCAUUGACCUGAGCCAUAGAGUUUUUAUUUGGUAACCAGAUCAUCUCCAGAAGCACCUCUGUAAGUGUGUGUAUUCAGCAACUGAAAAGCUGCUCUAUGCUGAGUGCUGAUCUUGGCUCUGUGAAUACAUAGGGAAGAAGACAGGCAUGAUUUCUGUCUUCGUAAUACUUCUAAUUCAUAUCAAGACUUAGAAUAAAACUCUGAAGAUACACGUCUGAGUUCCCACCAAAAAUAAUUAGUAUUUAGACCAUUACCAAGCUGUUUUUCCUUUAAACACUGCUCCUUCUACUGGGGGAGUGCAGUGGAAACACAUGUACAGGUUGC